CUAAGACACCAUGUGCAGUGCAUCCACACACAUGAAGCUAAAACACAGAAAUACACGAUUGUGGCCGCGGGGGCACGAAGCGAAUCUGAAGCGAGAGCGAAGAGUCAGUGCAGGGAAGGCACUCAAAUGCGUGUGACACUGUGUCCCUUACCAGACGAAUGACGAUGGGUUCAGCCUCCACUGCACAACGCAGGCUACGAUCGCCAGACGGAUCUUUUCGGUCUCCUUGAGGAAGCGCGGGAUCUUCAGCAAUAUUUCUCGUCUGCAUGGAGGAACACACGGCACAACAACAGUUCGUCUGAACGGACAGCUGCAUCGUGAUGACGAGCAGCGAUGCGGCGGCAUCAGGCUGCACGUGGAGGAGAUCUCCUCACCUUCGCUAUGAGCCGCUGUUGAAUAUGAUCCGCUGCACUCCGAUGGACCACUCUGUAACAU